GACUGCGUGUUACACAGGAGUCUCGUUGGUGAUCUGAAAGCAUUCGUAGAUAAAUAUGGGUUUGAUGUACUUGUCAUUCUGGCCAGCUGUUUGUCAGAUGAGAAGCAAACAAAACGACAAAUAGCAGUAUUCUCGGAAAACUUAGAGCUAGGCAAUCAAAUCUGCUGUGAAUUAGAAGAAUGUCAGAAUCCUUGUUUGGAGCUGGAUCCUCUAGGAUGUGAAUGUGACCAAAUUCUCAUUUAUCAUCAAGAAAAUUCUUUGGUGACCUGUGAUCAAAUUUUUCUUCUGGUUAAGGAAGUUAUAAAUAGAAGGCAACCAGAAAUGGUAUCAAACAGUAGAACUUCUUCUACUGAAGCUGUUGCUGGCAGUGCUCCACUUUCACAAGGAUCAUCUGGUAUCAUGGAGUUAUAUGGUUCUGAUGCAGAACCACAGCCCAGUUCGGCCAAUUUUAUAGAAAACCCUCAAGAUCUAAAUGGAUCAAUGCAAGCCCAUGUUGAUGUUAAUGUAGACCUUGUGAGUCCAGACAGUGGGUUGGCUACCAUUAGAAGCAGCCGGUCUUCCAAGGAGAGUUCUGUUUUCCUUAGUGAUGACAGCCCUGUUGCAGAAGGUGCUGCUUCCCAUCACAGUCUUCUGCCUGGCUUUGAUUCCUAUAGCCCUAUUCCUGAAGGAGCAAUAGCCGAAGAACAAAAACCUCAGUCUAGUGAUAAUAAUGAUAACUUUGAUCUUUUCAAUUUUGAUCUAGCACCCGUGGUUACAGCUCCAUCUGAGUCAUCUUCUCAUUCUGUUGAUUGUUCCCCAGCAGAUGACUAUUUCCUUAACAGUGAUUCAUCAGAAGGACAACAACUCACUGUGCAGAAAGAUCUUGAUGAGGCAAACCUGCUAGAAAACAAUACAGCAAAUUAUUCAACUGACUUAAUUACGACAACAAAUGAGGAAGACAAUUUAGCUGAAUUUUAUGAGAAUCCAGGAGAAAUAUGUGAGAAAACUUCAAGUUUGAUCGAUUUAGUUGAAGGUGAUUCUUCGUCACCAGAAAUGUUGAAAUCUGCUGAUUCAAGAAUUCCACCAACUCCUAUGAACAGUCUUGUAGAAACUUCACCAUUAGAUAAUGGGCAGCCUUUAUUUUUCCCACAAGAUGUCAUUAAAAAAAUUAAUGAAAUAGAUGGCACAAAUUAUUCUCAGUCUGGUGUUAGAUAUGGAAGCUGGUGGGAUGGCUUUGACCUAGAGUCCAGAAAUGCUGAUACAUGGAGUUCAAGUGAGCAGGAAUCUGUAUUUCAGAGCCCUGUCUUAUGGAAAGAUUGUAAAGAAAGUCCUUUGCUACGAGAACAUACUGAUAGAAGAGCCUCAGAUUCUGUAUUCCUCCAAAAACAGCCAAAGCAAAUGGAAUACAUGAGAGCAGGUCUGUGGGAUAAUCAGUUUAAACAAGAUAAUUGGGACCAUGAGAAGCGAGAGAAAAAGAAUGAACAUUCACUUUUGCAAACUGCUUCUUUAAAGGAGACAAAGCAAGAACCAGAGAGCUUUCCUGACUUGUGGAAGGUCGGUCAGCCAACACCGAUGAUGUCGGAUGCAUGGUGCAGUGGUGAAGGGAAAAGUAGUCAGUUAGCUGGAGUCUCAUAUGAAGUCUGGACUAAGUUUGAUGCAGGAGACAUUGCUCGGUCCUCAGAAAAUGUAUGGAACAUGCCCAAACUGGAUAGAGAAAAAAAAUCAGUGAAUAUUCCUGAGGAAUGGGCCAUAUCAAAAACUAGUUUAUCAGAUUCUUCAGAAAUCAUUGCAGACAAUGAGACUGAAAAUCCACCUAUCCAGGUAUCUCCAGAAGCCUGGGAUAAAGAAAAAUAUUAUUCAGUAGAAGAAUAUGGAAAAUCUGAAAAUACAAAUUCUGUUUUGAACAAUAUGCAAAAUAAUCCCAAGCUGGAAACAGAGGAAAACACUGUAUUUGGUGACCGUAAACAUAGACCAAACCCAUUUGAAAAUAUAGAGACCUGGAAUAUGUAUGAUAAAAACAUCAGGAAAGAAGUAACAGAAGUAGUGGUGCCAUGGGAGGAUACCUUCUUGUAUAAACACUCAGAUCUUAGUUCAUCAAACGUAGGUGAAGAUAUAGUUGUUUCUCCACCAGACACCAAUUAUUCAACAUCUGAUUCAUAUGUAUCACCUACAUAUGUGGAAGAUGAAGGAGAAAAUAAGGACACAGAUUUCAAUGAAGAAACAGUUACUGAUAAAUUGACAAACGCAAAUUUGGCUGAGCCAAAAGUACUUGAGAAAACAAGUAAGGAACUAUCGUCUCCUAGAAACAUGCCUUUUUCAAGCAUUGGAAACACAAACAUCUGGAACGCUCCCUUAAAUAAUGUUACCCAGUUACAAGAAAGAAAUUCUGAAAUUACUUCUCUUUCUGCCUUUGCUAAACCUUUCCUUAAUUCAGAACAAACAGCUAAUCAAUGUUUUUCAACUGAGAUACAUACCAGUGAAAAUAAUUUUUCUAUAGCUGAAAACAGAAGAAUAACGCCAGUAUACAAUCAAACAGUGAAUGACUUAUCACCACCACAGAAUGAAUUAAAUACUAGACAGACUGCAGCUGAAAAUGUAGAAACAGGAACCAGUGUUCCUGUAGAAGACACAGACACAUCUACACCAACGUCAGACACUGGAAAUGGUUUGGAUCUGAAAAUAUGUGACUUAGGGAGUCAGAUAGUUAGCAAAAAGGCAGCACAAAACACCGCUGAAAUUGAUGAAAAGCUGGAUGAUCACAAUUCAGUGCAGCAGCAGAACUUGUGGAGUUUACAGAGUGAGGAGCAUUGUGAGGAAGGCUGGGACGUCACCUCUCAGGAAGGAAAAGAGGAAUAUAAGAGAACAGAUGAGACAAGUGGACAGCAAAUGAUUAGUGACAUUUGUAAUAAAGCAGUGCAAGAGGACAGUGAAUCUUCAUGUAAUGCAGAUUUGGAAGAAAACAGGUCAACAACUGAAGUUUCCAGCUCACCAGAAAAAAUGAGGAAUAGUGUUAGUUUGGAAGCGUUAGUCACAGAGAAUGAGUCAUUUUCCAAUCAAAGUAAUCCAGUUAGUCAGGAAGAGAGAAAAGACUUGUUGCAGAAUAAUGUAGAAUCUUCUUCAAGCGCUUCUGAGGAAGGCAGAAAUUAUGAAUCUUUUCAUGACUCCAGACCACAAAAUUGCAAUUAUAAUGAAACAUCACAGCUGCUUUCUGAGAAAGCUGAAAAGGAGACUACAGUGAUAGACGAUGCAACAAGUCCUGAAGUGGAAAGUAUCUCUGAAAGUUCUGAUAAGGGUAGUGAUAAUCCUGAAAAUAAUUCUUCUAAAAUGCCUGGAAGCUCAGGCACCUGGAAUGACUAUGGAAGGAGUGGCUGUCACUUAGCCACAUCAAUUCCUUUGAGGAAUGAACCACAAGAAGCACUGGCAGAAGUGAAAGAGGGCUUACAUGAAGUGGUUUGUAACCAUCCAGGCAUUUGUAAUUCUGAGUUAGUAUCUCUCAAAAAUAGCUCAGAACUGAACAGGACUCAUGAAAAGUCUUUCACAGAUGAGUUUGAGAGUCCUCCUUCUAGAUAUGUCAGUGUUCCUGACAUUACAGAUAUGUCUGUGGUGGAAAAUUCAUUUUCACAUGAAAUAGGUUCUGGGAGAAAUGAAAACACUGAAAAUUUAGAACCUGCUAAUAGUCUUUGCAGAGAGCCAUGUAUGAUGCCUAAUGACAGUUUUCCCCAAACUGCUUGGAAUUCACAGCCAUUUGAAGAUUUGCAAUCUCCUGGAACAAGUCCUGAGGCAAGUGAAGUCCUUGAAAUGGCAAACACCACAAGUAGCCUUUCAAAGGAUAUACAGAUCAAAAGUUAUUUAGAAGAAGAUAAUGUGUGGAGUAAUUCAAUAAAUUAUUAUGCACACUCAAGUGGAACAAGUCCUGAUUUAAGUGAUGCAUCUGUGAAUGUGUGGGGAGACCUUCCAGUUGCCAGUCAUCACAAAAGGAGUCAGGAUAUGUGGGAUAUUAAAAAUAAUAAAAAUCUUGAAGAUGCUUGUAAAAGCAAUGAAUUUGGGAAUGAACUUGAAGAAGGAUUUGAAACAAGUGCUGAAAAGAACAAAGUUCCUAAAAGCUUAGAUUUUUGGGAUGCUCAUGUAGAUGAUGAUACUGUAUCUUCUUUAUCAAGUCCUGACAUAAAUGAGGAUUCAGAGAAUUCAGAGGCAUGUCCAGAAUUGAUUUACGAAGAUUCCAUGUAUGAAAACAAACAGCACAAAGCAUCUGAAAUUGUAGAGGAUUAUGCUCAAUCCAACGCAACAAGUCCUGAAGCAAAUGAAGACAAUUUAGAUACAAAAACGAAGGUGAGAGAGGAGGUCCAGGGAGGCAUCUUCAAUGAAAACUCUGGAACAAUUAAAGCUAGGAAAAUGUUGCAAGAGGACUUGACUAUAAUGGAGCGUAAUGAGACUUCUGAAUGUUUAGGUCAAUGGGAAACACUUCAGAAAAAAGAUCAGGUGAGUAUUUUCAGUGAAAAAGCAGGUAGUGGAGAAGACUCAUAUUUGUGUAAAAUGAAUGAAGAUACUACACCGGCUUUUGCUGUUGGUGAUAAAGAAGAGUAUUCUUCAAAAGCUGUAGGUAUGUGGAGUGUGUCAUUGGAAGAUGAUCUAAGAACUGAUCCAAAAUCCACAGUAGCAACAUUUGGUUUUCUAGGUGACAGUUCAGAAUUAUGGAAUUCACAACCUUGUGAAGAAAAGCAAUUGGAAGAUCAGUAUUCUGUUUCAAAUCACUCUGCAACAAACCAGUUAACAAACAGUAAAGAGGACUCCUGGGGAUCACCUUCACAAGAUAAAGAGCUAACACAAGCACAGUUCACUAAUGCAAGUAAUGAUGGACAUCAGCCUCCCCCCCUGUACUGUGGUGAAAAAGAAAAUGAAAGGCUAGUACACCCUAUGAAUAUUCCUGGUAGUCAAAUAAAUCAAGACACUGUACAGUUCAAAGAAUUUGAUCCUUUCAGACCGGAUAAAGAAGAAAGGGGCUUGAAAGAGCAGUUGUUUCCUACAGAUGAGGAAAAUCAACUGGCUCCACAGAACCCUUUUUCAGAUGAAGAACGAGGUAUGCCAAAUACAUCAGUUCAAGAAAUCACUGUACUGGAUCUACCAAAAGACAAUGAGGGAAAUGCAAGUCUCAUUCCUCAAGAGCAACAGCGGGACACCUGUGAAAGAUUAGAUGUGCACAACUCCCUGCCAGGCGCCUUCACUGUAGAAGACUUAUCUUUUGAAAUGACAGAGAAGUCAAGUCCAGGCUGGAGUGUAUUAGUUCCCCAAACUGCACUUGUCCCAGAUAUUUUACAGGAAAAUACACAAGAAAGUAAUCAGCUGUUUUCAGUGGAACCUGACCUGUGGACUAAUGCUGAGCAGAUUGUCAAUUUGAAAUCAGAUGGUGAAAAUCCUGAUAUAUUAAGUCACUGUGACCAAGACAAUAGUUCAGAGGCAUCAAGCAGUCCUGAUGUGUGCCAGGAAUAUGAAGCUAAGCAUGACUCUGUCCUGUCUUCUCGGAUUGGUGUGGAGCCUGAAGACAAAGAUAGUCAGCUGAUUCACACAUCAUUAAAUGUGAGUAAAGAGGCAGAUUUUGAUUCCAAGUGUCAGCUAGUAAUGCAGAAGGUAGAGCUACAGUCUGAAAGUGGUAGCUCCCAAGACUAUGAACAAAGAAAGACCAAUGAAUCCUAUCAGCUAAUCUCUUCUAAUACUCAGGAGACGCCUGAAUUUGCAAUUUUGGGAGAAUAUGGUCUAGAAAAUAAACUUGUUACUGAUCCAGUUGAGUCAGCUGAAAUUACCAAUGAAGUUUUAGCAGUGACAUCCUUUGAUCUGAAAGACGUGUUCCAUGAAAGUUUUACUUCUGCAAGCCAUCAAGGAACACCAGCUGAUACAGCUGAAAUAGCAACCUCGCAAAUGCAUUUUGUUCCCAUGGAUUUCACUCUACCUGGUAGGGCAGAACAAAGCUUAAAAGAAAUUAAUGCCUUGGCUGAAGUUGGAAAAUAUUCUGAUAUUGACCAUACAGCAGUAACUGGUGAUGAGCUAGACAUGUCAGAAGAAUGUGUGGAUGAAUCUAAGACAGGGGUAGAACAUAACAUCAGGAACACAUCAGUGACUAAUGUCCAGGCAAGCACAUGUAGUGGAAUGAACAUACUAGCAGUGAUAGACAGUGAAGCAGCAGAAGGGAAAUCAAAGGAUAAACAGAUAUUCUUUCCCAAGUUCUUUCUGUCUGGUGGUAAUGAAGGCUAUGAAUCUGAUUCAAAUCAUCAACUGGUUGAUGACAUAGCAAAAGAAUCUGAAGAAGUAAUUGAAAAUUAUUUUCCUGUGUUCAAGGAAAUGCCCAGUGACCAAUCACCAGUGGUGUGUACAUCACCAUCCCAUGUAUCUUUUGAUGCUGAACCCUCUGGCAGCAGAGAGGGUGCAGAGGAUGAGCUCUUGUUAGAGCAGCCAUUUUGUGACAGUGUUUCUUUGGAAAAACUUUUAUCACUGCCAACUCCUUCGGAAGGUGCAGAAGGCAUCCUAACGACCCAAGACAGCAGCAUUGAAGAUGAGGUGUCUGAAACGUCCAUAGAGUGCCUUCAGGAAAAUCGCACAUCCCUACCUUCACUCUCCAAGUCUGAAGUAACUCCAAGAGCUUCUGAAAUUGCGAUAGGAAAAUGUGAAGCAGAAACAACUGCUCCCGACUCACCGCCAGGUGGAGAUAAAAGAUCACCCUAUGACGCUGGCACUGACUCCCUAUUUUGUAGGGAGAAUAAGCUGAGAAAUUCCUCUGAGAGCACUGAACUGAAAAGUACAGAGGGUAAGGAAGAUGUGAGAACCCAGGUGCAGCGAGAUUCAGCUUUACUGGAGAUGGAUUACAUCCUUGUUAUUGAGGAAGAAAAUAUACCUUCCACUAAGGAUACCCUUGAAAGAAAUGAAAAUGAUUUUGCAUGUCAAGAAGCUAAUGUAGCUGAACACACAGAAUCUCAUGAAAGCUUUUCGCAUGGCUCCUUGGAUACCUUUCAGCCAAUCUCCAUUACAAAUGAAAGGGAAGAUUGCAUUUGUGGGACUGAAUGGGACUCUGUUCACUUAGAAGAGAAAAGUCCUUCUAUUGUACCUCAAAAACUGGAUGAUGACAGGAGAUCACAGGAGAGCUGUGGGCAAGAUGAGGGCUGGAUUAUAUUGGGCCAAAAUGAAGUCAGUGACAGAUCACCUGAAGAAAUUUCUGCUGAGUCAGAGAUGCCAAAAUCAGGAUCUGGACAUUCUGGUGAAGAACCAGCAGCUGUUGUAGCGCAGAAGUUGUUUCUUGACACUCAGGCAGAAUUUCAGGUGGUUGGUGGUGAUGGCGCAUGGGAAGCAAAUUCUCAACAGAGACUUGGAAAUAACGUAGCAACAGAACAAGAAAUGAAGGAGGAAAUGGUGCUUCUCAACAGUGAUAGAGAACUGGGCCAAAAAUCAGG